AUGACCUCGGACUCGAUCCCACAUCGCCCAACCGAGUCUCUCAUCCUUCCAAGCAAACGGCGCUUCUUCCCUUUCAAGAUCCCCAACUUCCAUACCCAGCUUCGCCACUACAUCAGCACCGCCGAUCCCGAUCGCAUCUAUGUUGUCGUCGAAAGAAUAGUCUAUGCGAUCCACAUCGCUGCACAGAAAAGGGAGAGUAUUGCGGUCAUUCCAUUCGAGCCGCGAUGCUUAGCGGCCGGGUUUGGGUGGAUCGCGGUGGGGGGCCCGGAGAAUGGAGAAUGCGCUUUUCUUAAGCUCGGGGACAGAGGACUGCAGGCCCGCGAGGGACUGCCCUCGCAGUCGCCGGUAGAUGUAGACAGCGCGCUGCCUGUCGACCUCGAACCGCCGUCGCGGGUGUUGACACCGGAGAGUUCGAUCGGGGGUCCAUCGUCCACCCGACAUUCCACAAGACGGCUAUGGCCGGAAUUUGAGCGUCAUAAGUUUGGCGGCAGCAUCGUCAAUUCGGUCACGAUCCACCGCUUCCCGGGGAGUGAAGACGAUCCCGCGCCUGAGGAUGCCAUGGUUAUUAGCAAUAACGAUCGAACGGUUACCGUCUACUCUCUCACGCAUGCGAAAGUCGUAAAGGUCCUCCACCAUCCGUUUUGCAUGAACUAUGCAGUCAUAUCUCCAGACCAUUCCCUGCUCGCCGCCGUGGGAGACGAGAACCGAGCCUAUUUCUAUUACAUCACUCGGGAACGCGACUCAUCGGCUUCCACUGACAAAGAAACCGAGGGUAUUAUGGAAUGGGAUUGGGAGUUGAUGCGGUGCAUUGAGAUGAACAUAGGUGCGAGGGUGGAUGAUGCGUGCUGCUUCACCAUAGCCUUCUCUCCCUCCAGCCACUUGUGCGCAAUUGGGUCUCAGUCUGGAAUCGUGACGGUCUUGGAUACCGACCUUAUCUGCAAAGAGAAGCAUUUCGUGGAAACCGAAUCGCCCAUUAUUUGCCAAUUCCCGGCAUCCCGUCCUUGUGCCGAAGGUGGUGCUGUGCGCUGUAUGACCUUUGCGCCCGAGCCGUGGGAUCUUCUGGUCUGGCUAGAAGGUCAUGGUCGAGCUGGAGUGGCAGACGUACGCCAGGGAUUUUUGCGCAGGCAAACUUUGUACCUCGAUUCCAACGAGCCGACGUUGGAAGAGGUCCACACGGAACCGCUGUUAGAUAACCCGGAAAUUGUUCUUUCAGAUGACGAGGGACUGGAAAUUGCGUCGCGGCUAGGGCUGGAUACGGACGAGACAGCGAAUGAGCGUGGUGGUGAUGAAAAUGGACGUUCUUCCCUGCGCGAAUCCUUGAUCCAAGAUCUUGGAGAUCGGGAGAGACUGAUUUUAGACUUCUUGAAUGCUGCCCGAUGGACAUCAAGGACGGAGGGAACACUCUCUGAACGACCGGAACGACCACCAAGGACGGGUCUGCAUCCUCAGCUCGCGGCUCACACACGCCAUCACGGUUCCACAGAUGUGGCCACUCGAACAUCCGGUCCUACUUCCCCUCGAAAUCCAUACGAGCCUGCUGAUAGUGCUCCGGAAGGCCAUUCGGAACGCAAUGGAGCGGACCGACCUUAUCACCCCCGGCGCCAGAGUUCGAUAAUCCUCUCCCAAGGAGCCCGAACCCCUGAUGCUGGCUCCUCUAAUCAGGAUCGACCAUCCAACUCACUCCGGUGGACAUCAUCAUCGCGCGCUGAACUGGCAUCUAUCCAAGCAGACGUUCUGAACCGUCUAAGCGCCGACCCGGAUUUCUUUAACAAUGAAUUCGAAGCUCGUGGUUUGCCUCCACGCCCCUCUGAUGCCCCCGGUCCCAGCCUUGAGUUUGAAUACACCCCCGAAACGCCGCGCCGACGACCCCAGCGAGCAAGCUCUAUCCCAAGACGACCAGAGCGACUGUCGCAUAUUGAGUUCCUAGCGCAGCAAAGACCACUGGGAAGAUUUGACCCAUCUCGUCCCUCUACGUAUGAGGUCAGAGCCAAUGUCGCUACGGAGCGCCAUCGACGCCAGCGCCGCAUGGCAAAUGCGCCGCAUGACCGCACCUCUGAUCGUGAUCAUUUGCGCUCUGCAGAAAGAGAACAUCUGCACCGCCAAAUUGCAGGGCUUGAACAGGGCAAUUCUGCAUGGAUUCGAAAUAUCAUCAGUGAACUGCCUGAACGAAGCUUGAUCCACGGUCCAGGAGCCGAGGAGCCAGAUGCGACGGCAGGAGUGGGUUGGGCGGCUGACGGAAGGACACUUUAUAUUGCGACGCUGGAGGGAAUUUUCGAGUUCCACCUCAACACUCACGAUCGAAAAACUUUUCCUAUCUUUUCUUGCAGAUAA